CGCGUGGUCCCGUCCCGCGCCACUUUUCAGCGCUCGCGAACGGCGGCGGCGGCUCCGGCUCCCGUCGCGAGGACAACGAACGUGGAGUGGGCGCGCGGGUUGUGUUUUAGGCACAGCGGGACACAUGGACGCGAUGGACAAGAAGUGGGACGUCAUGGGAGCGCUGCGCAACUCGCCUCAAGGGAAACUGAGAUACGAACGAAAGUGGAGCCCGGAGGUGCUGACGGAGGUGGUCCCAACGCUCUCGCCGCUGGCCGGCAGAGUGCUCGACCUUGUGCAGCGACGCUCGCCCUCCGCCCCUGAUGAGGAACAGCGGAGCCGAGUCUCCAUCCCGUCGCUGCUCGUCAACUGCCAGAACCUCAUCACAGGCAACAGAAGUGGUGGGAGCUGUAUUCGCCGUAAAGAUGAAACCACCUUCGUGGUUUCCAUGCCGGAGGACCCAGCCGAGAUUGAAGCGCAGAUCCGGGGCCAGGAGGAGAUGUACAAGAUGAGGACAAAGAACCUCAUCACAGGCAACAGAAGUGGUGGGAGCUGUAUUCGCGUCAACGAUGAAACCACCUUCGUGGUUUCCAUGCCGGAGGACCCAGCUGAGAUUGAAGCACAGAUCCGGAGCCAGGAGGAGAUGUACAAGAUGAGGACAAAGGUCCUGCUGCACCAGCGGUGCAAGCGCCUGGAGGCAGCGGAAUGUGCCAUGCAGCAGCAGGCCACCCAGCAAUUCAAGCGCUACGAGGAGGAGCUUGAGCUGGAGCAGCGGCUGGAGCAGGAGCGACGCAAGGACGAGCUGGAUAAGAGCUUGAUAGAGGCUCAGAAGAAGCUGGAAAAAAUUAUGGAGGAGCAUCAAGACCGAACGAAGGUGCUGAACAUUCGCUUGCACGAGGCGGCCGAGCAGCACCGGCGCGAGGAAGAGGAGGAGCGGCGCCGGCUGGCAGAGGGUCACGAGCGCGCGCGCCGCCUCAACGCGCUGCAAGAGGAGAUGCUGGCGCUGAACCGACGGGCCCAGCCGUCUCCGCCGCAGCCCGGCGCCGCUGCCACCGCAGCCGGCGCUCAGUCGGGGGCGCUGGCGCAACUGGCCGAGCUGCGCAUACGCGCCGGGCAGCUGUGCGACACCGUCGCCACCGCCAUCAGGAACAGCUCGGAUAGCGGUGGCUUAGGCCCAAGCCCGCAAGACCUCGCGCAUGCGGAGCAAGUCUUGGCGGAGAUGAGGCUCCUGGCCGUGCAGGUGGAGGCGUUGAGGCUCCAGGAGGAACGGCGCUUGGAGGCGGAGAAGGGGGACGCACAGCGCCUGGCACUGGAGCUCCAGCAGCAGCAGCACCAGCAGCAGCAGCAGCAGCAGGAGAGGGAGCAAGCCGAGCAGCAGAAACGGCAGCAAAAGAAGGAGGAGGAGGAGACCCGAAAUGCGAAUCAAGUGGGCUUGCAGCGCACGGACGGCAGCAUCCUGAGCUGGUCCAAGGACCUGCAGGGCAAACUGGAGGAGACCUUGAAGAACAUGGACGGCCUCAACAGCAGCAAAGACCCCAAGAUCAAGGCCAUUAAGUUUGAUCUUGCCAAGGCAGUGUCGACACCAGUGUCACAAAUCUGCUCCACAUCAGGCUCUCACCUGUACGAUAUUACGGGGAAGCUGAACUCGCUGCUGAGCAGUCAGACGAUCGAAGUAGGCACCCGCUCCAUCAGCGUUACUCGCCACCCGCAGGGCCUUCUCUACGCUCAAUUCAAACUCGGCGAGAAGCUGGUGAAACAAGGAGAGGAGGAGGUGGCGUCGCAGCACAAGGCGGCGUUCCCCAUCGCGGCCGUCGCCAUAAGCCUGUGGGACCGCCACCCGGCCCUCGGGGAGCUCCUCCUCGCUCACAUGCACCGCAAGUGCCCCUACACCGUGCCCGUCUUCAACCUUCCCACGCCAGGGCAGAACCAAGAGGACUUUUUCAGGAGCCUUGGUUACUGUUACGAUGGCAAGACACUCGAGAAACAGGACCUCUUCCUCAACCGUAUGUCGGGCAUGAUGCGCCUCUACGCAGCCAUCAUCGCCACGCCCGUGCCCUCUCCCAGCACGAACAAGAGCCAUCCCCAUGGCUUGCAGUACGGCUGGCGGUGGAUUGCACAAAUGCUGAACUUGGAGCCAGUGUCCGACAUCUCUGCCACCAUGCUCUUUGACUUCCUCGAGGUGGCGGGUAACGCCAUGGAGCGUGCAUACUGCAGCCAGUUCUGGAAGCUGCUGUUUUUCAUCAUCGAAGAAUACUUGCCUAGAAUCGAGAAGGUGUCAAGUCCCGCGCAGAUGGGAUCAGUCAGCAGGCUGAAACUCUUUGUCGAGAGGUGUAUUGCCCGUCGAGUCGUGCCCCAAGCGAGCGGGUAUCUCUCCGAAAGUUUCUGGAAGACCUAAAGGGAGAACGGACGCAAUGGCGCUUUACAAGGCCCAUGACAAGCAUCCCUGCGGUGAACCUGAUCCAAGUGCCUCUGUCAUAUUCACAGUGUCUCCUAGUUCGGGGGGUGGGGAGUGCCCCGGUAUAUCAAUUAACAAGUUGAUGUUGUUGCCACGAAAACCACAUUUUAGCCCGUUUUACAAUUUGUUAUCUUAUUUGUAUUGAAUUUUUUGAUUUCAGAAAAAGGAGAAACAACAUUAAAAUAAAGUUAAACCACACACACACCACUGAAACUGCCAAAAAUCGCGAGCCAAUUCUGGAACCCACAAUCCAGUGCGCGCUGCAUUAGUUAUUGCGCCGCGUUAAACUAGGAACCAGCUCGUCUUGAUGUUCCUGCUCAUCGUGGAGUUGCAGAUAAUGUGCAGUUGGUAUUACAUGGAAUGCUGCUCAAUCCCUGAUGUUUGGGAGUGCGAAUGUCACGUUUUUUGUUCACUGUUAGCGUUCCCCCAAACAACACUUAUACAUGGGUGGGACCGUAUAACAGGCCACGCUUUUUUAUGAACUAUGUACAUCCAUUGAAUUACCAGUCGAGGGGAUAUUGAGAGAGUACGGGAGAGAGUUUUUUAAUUGCGUGCAUAAAGUGUGCGACAACAGACACGGGGGCAAUGCGUACGCAUCAUUUGAACAAACUAUGCGAAGCGAUACAGGCAGACCCCGCUUAGCGUGGGCCCAUAGAACACUCAUUUCACUGUAGCGCUCUGUCCCUAGAAAAUUUUAGUUUUUCUACAAUAAAAAUUCAAUGAAACCCAAAAAAUCCACAGUCAUCUUUUACGAGUGGGAAUGCGCGCAGCAGUGCCGGUCGAGGGAAGCGUCCCCGGCCCCCCAUCCCGCUCAGCCAAUGAGAGCGACGCAAGACCCCCAUCCAUCCCCGAAGAUUAUCACGAUUCGUAGUCACGAUUACUUUUUUAAAACCAAGUUUUAGUAUUUUUCCCCCCUUCUCUGGUGAGAACUCGCGAGACCCAGGGCCGAGUCCUCAGGUUCCACCUAAAAGAAACCUCGCCACAGUAAAUGUCGACCACGGGCAUCACUAAGACCACGGGGGUCCUGGAUCACAUUCUGCGACAAUGACGAGGCGAGCAGCAGCAGCAGCAGCAGCAGCUCCCACCACCGCUGCCUUGUAGGCGGAGUAAAGUAGAAUGAACUCGUGAGUAACAGUACAUAAUACUGAUGUUAUUAACUAUUCAUUUUAUUAAUGAAAUCCUAUUUUGCCGUCUGUAUUAUUAUUAUUAUUGCUGUUGCUCACAUUUAAGAAAUAAAGGGCUCGGCAACGCAUGUACAAUGGUAUAAAGACGCCCUUCUUAGCGCCGAUUUGAUAAGCGCUCAUUUCUCCAGGAAUGCAUCUUGAAUGCUCAGCGAGGUCUGCCUGUAUAUUAUUUCCAUUAAGACUUGCAGUAGACAUCCUUUGAUGUGCCCUACUGUGUAUAUUUCAUGUGUUAUGUACAAAAUGAUUGUAACCUAACACGAUUCUAAACGUUUACACAUUGAAAAUAAUAUUGCGUUGAAUAAAUCAAAUACUGACAUGUAAAGUGCGAUUCGACAAAGCGACUGUUUCAUUUGCUGUGAUGUACUUUUAAAUACAUUAUUAAGUAACUUU